CCCGUGUGAAUGACCCACCUGAGGAGAAACUAUCGAUCUUUACAAAAUUUCAACUUUCAAGAAUCCUGAAUCAUAAAAACUAGCGGAACGUAAUGUAGCAGACUUCAUGGGCCCCCAGCCAUGUCUGUGCACGCUAUUACAUUGACCAGCUACACUACAAAGAGAGUUCAGAAUUGUACGAGAGCUGCACAGGUGGUAAGUGAUAAACGCUAUCCUGACUUAAAAUCACUGGGCGUUCCGGAUUCUCCUUUGACCCUGGUGCCAAGGAUCCCUACCAUUCUAUUUCCUGAAGAUGAACUACCUCGCCCAGCAGUUAUUGGAGUAAGGGGUAGCUAUGGCUCUUACCCUGAUAGCGCUACUGCAAUUAAAGAAAUCCUCUCUUCAGUCUUAAAGCUACCGAGCAGUGCUAAAUCCCCAUUGUCUGCAAACACACUUUUGCUGGACAAUGAUAUGGAGAACUCGGAGAACAGCAGCAUCGCUGGUAAUGAGGAUUCAGAUAGUGAAGCUGAAGGUGUACCUUUACUGCCACUUCUACAAAAUGACAUCCGCUUUCAUCGAAACAAAGCCGCCUGGGAUAACGCUCAGUUGGACUCUCCUAAUACUCCGCCAUUGGACUCUCUUGCAUCCUCACCCAGAGCACCAAUCACAAGCACACUAGGGGAACCUGACCUGGAAAUGUCAACUUUCACGAAAUGCAAGAACUGCUUCGAGGUCAUAUCACCUGGACCUGAAUUUAUUUCACCACUGAACUUACCUGUAAACUUACAAAAGCAGAAUCGAAGAUUUUCUUCACCUAGUAUUGCACCACCUACGAUAAGUCUGUAUGAUACUCCUCCAGAACAAUUCACUUUGGACUUAAAUGAGGCUACAAUGGACACUGAGGCUUCCACCAUAGAAGAGGUUAAGUCCUUCCCUCAGAGAUCACAGUCCUGUACAAAUCUCUUUAAAGUAACCGGAAAUUCACAAACCCCGAGCACGGAAGCCCUGCACAACUCCAGAGAAAACCUAUUUGAACCAUCUGUGAGCUUAGAGAAAGAAAAUGAACACUUUCUGGCAGCCGAUCUCUUUAUAUCCCUAGUUGAGAUGAUGAAGAGCAAAUGGCAAUAUGAACAGUGGAGGACAGAAGGAGGAAUGUAUUGGCUCAAGAAAGAUGCAGAGGAGACCUGUUACCGGAGGCACAAGGCAAACUCCGAAUCUGCCGUUUCAACUGAUAGUGGUUAUGAAGGCCUGGCUGCACUCCAGAAUUCUCCUGCUGACACCAUAUUUGAGGAGGAGGAAGAUGAUAAAAACUCUGCAACCUGUGAGAUCUAUGAAGGCUACGACGACUAUGUGAUAAUAGAAAUGGAUGACGGUGAGAAACUAUCUGCAAACAAGACAUCCUGUGACAAAUCCCAAAGAACGGAGCCUGCGGCCUCCAACUCUGCUGAAGAGACGGCCCGGAACUUGUACAGAGCCUUCCGACAGCAAUGGACUCAGGUUGAUGGAGAUAUGCAGCUCCCUGCAAGACUGACCAUCGAGAAGCCAUCUUGUAUAAAUGCCAUUCCAGAAGAAUUUGAAACUAGCGUGAGUCUGGUAGAGGAGAUUAAACGGAUCAAAAUGAGGGAGACUGAAGAAUGGUCUCCCCCACGCUUUCAGAUUAUUAGCACGGUGCAACCUUACAUCAAGAGGGAUGUAGUUGUAGAGUCACAAAACUAUUUAUGUGCUGGGUGUGGAACAAAAGUAGAACCAAGGUACACCAGCAGACUGCGGUAUUGUGACUACCUAGGGAAGUAUUUCUGCGAUUGCUGUCACCAUUACUCAGAGAGCUCCAUUCCGGGCCGCAUUCUUUCUAAAUGGAACUUCAGCAAAUACUAUGUCUGCAACUUCUCCAAAAACCUUCUAGAUAAAAUAUGGGACAGUCAUACAUUUAAUGUGCAGAGUGAAAACCCAGAUCUUUACAAAAAAGUGAAGGACCUAAACAGAGUGAAGGAAGUGCAGCAGCAGCUAAUUCACAUCGGGAAGCUGGUGACAACCUGUCGUUUUGCUGAUGGUGUUGUGAAAGCCUUUGAGAACGUCCCCUCCCACCUGACUAAGGAGCUGCAUCUCUUCACGUUGGCUGAUUUGUAUGAAGUCAAGCAGAAGACCCUCCUGCCAGGUCUUAGGGAGCUCCUGGCCCUGGCUGUGGCCCAUGUGGAAGAUUGUGAGUUGUGCAGUGCCAAGGGUUUUAUCUGUGAAUUUUGCCAAAAUCCCAAUGUGAUCUUUCCAUUCCAGACUGAAAUUUGCAGAAGAUGUGAAGCUUGUAAAGCGUGCUAUCACAAGGAAUGCUUUAAGACCAACGACUGUCCCAAAUGCUUAAGGAUCAAGGCAAGGGAAGCCCUAAGGAGUGACUCUCCAUUUACAUCAAGUGGUGAAGUGGACACCAGCUCAACAACCGGAGUGCAAUAAGGAGUAACUUGUAUAUUGUGUUGUAAUGUACAGAAUCUAUUUAUGAAAAUGUAGACUUGUUUUAGGCCUGUAAACUUUUGUAAAAAUUAUUAUAAGAAGCUUUUUAUUAAGUGUUUGGUUUGUUUUUAGGUUUAUUCAAUUUCUUUUAAAGGUUUUAGUUUCGAAAUGUUAUGACGGGCAGUUGGGCACAGUGGAGGCAGUCAAUAAAGCCCUGUUCAAACAGCGACCUGUCUGCCAGUGGUAUAUGUCGGAAACCUGUCAAAAAGGUCUUAUGUAAAUCAUGGUGUACUGGGCCAAUGCAGUUUAUUGGUCUGAAUGUCAAUUAGUAACUUUGUUUAGGCCAUUUCCUGCAAGUACUAGUUUAUUCAGCGUGGCCUACUGUACUUUUAGUCCCACUAAAUAAAUGCAUAUGUGCGGGUAAUGGCCUUAAAGGGGUACUCCGCCCCUAGACAUCUUAUCCCCUAU